GAAACCCAUACUCAUUACCCUAACUACGCCGUGACGCUGUUGUCCUGGUUGGCCUCCGCGACGAUCUCCGAUCCUCUGGCGUUUACUGACGACCUUCUCUGUGACAUCUCCUCCGGCAUCGAUCUCCAUCGACGACAUCUCCUACAGCGGCGAUUUCAUCCGGUGUCGUCUCCUGCAGCUUCCUCUCCUUGUCGUCCUCUGUGUCUUCUCCGCCAAAAUCGUCAACGCCUUCCUGUUCGACGAUCCAGAUCCGCCGCUAGGGAUUGCAUUCCGCAGGAGAGGAAUUCCUUUGUCAACUUCCAAGCCAAAACCGGUGUAGAGAAUGCAGAACUGUGUCUGGUGUUGCUGGACCGUUGGAUACUCUUGAUAAAGUUAAGGCUGCCAUUGUGAAUUCACAGACCCUUGAAGAAGUUGCAAGACUUAAAAAGGUUAGGGACUUAACCUCUCAUCUGAAUGCUCUAGCAGAGUCAGAAACAGAGGGUGUCCAAGGAGCUGCUGCGGUUUUUAAUCAGGUCCCCCUUUAGAAACAUAAACACAAAUAUGAAGGCUAUGCUAUAGACUGGAGUCUUCUUGUUCCCGGAGCCGGAAGGCUUGUAUCUGGUCCUCGGAUUGAUCGUCGUUGUCACUCUCUGUCUUGUCACCACCCUCCGUUUGCUCAUAGUCGCUGGCGACAGAAGCAGUAGGUUCUGGGGCUGGUCGUCUUUGUCGUCUCCUUGCUCCGAGUCUCACCAUCAGCUUCCUUCACGCAACUAAAAGUUGGUCCCCGAUUUGGUGAGUUCCAACAAAUUCCCCUGUUCUUUCUUUCUCAGUUUUGUUGCUGUAUAAUACAUGACUACAUUUUGAUUUUGUUGUUGAAAAUAUCACUGAACUAGUAUUUUUGCUGCUGAAAAUAAUCACUGGUAUGAGUUUGUUACUAACGGCUGCACUUGCUUCAACUAGGAUUAUUAGUAUCAAUGGAAAACCAUCAAUUGUAUACUAACAAGGAUGAAGUUAAAAGAGUAGAAGAGGGUCGCAUCAUUAUUUCAGAUGCAAUAUUGGGCACUACUAGAAGAAAAGUUAAAGUUUUAGAAGUAUCAAAUAAUCACAUAGAAGAAGUUCAGAGACAGAUACGGUGUUUUGAUAAUUCUUUGAGACUCUCAUCCCAACAUUUUUUACAAGGGCUUGUUUAUUUUUGCGAGGGGGAGACAUGGGUUUUUAUUUACCAGCAUUAUGACAAUGACUUAGCUGAUGUCUGGGUCGAGGAUUGGGACAAAUUCAAGCUUUAUCUAAAGCAAUUUUUACAAGCUCUCGCAAUAUUAUAUGAAGGGAAUAUGUAUCAUGGGAACAUAAAAGAUUAUAGUUUGGUAAUAAGUGGGGAUAGAGCUUUUGUGAGUGGAGUUGAGGGAAAUCAUCUUCCUGAUGGUUUCCAAGAUCAAUUUUUUACUGAUGAGAUGGAGGCUCUACGUGAAGUUUUAUUACAGAAUCUCGAUCAAUCUCCAAAGGAAAUCGAUCUGUUUUUAGACUUUGUAUCAACGUGUGAAUCAUGGAAUAUGAUUUUUUGUCAUCCGAUUUUCUUAGAUUUUCAACAUAAAUUAUAUUAUUUUCUUAUUGCAAACCAAUAUUUAAAUGAGCAUUUAAGAGGUAUCGCCUACGCUCAACAGCUGUCAUCAAUAAUUGAAGGGCUGCUUCAAAACUGGGGGGUAUAUAAGGUAAAUUGGCUCAAUGGAGUGAACCGAGUGAACGAUCCGGUGAUGAUGCAAAGAUUGAACAGUGGAAACUAUAGAAAUUGUGGUACUGUUACUCUUGUGUUUCUUCGAUUUGUAAGGAACUGUAUUGCUCACCUUGACAUGAGGGCAAAUGUUGCGGUGUUUCAAGAAGCUAAAACUUUGGCGAGAAAUAUUGAAGAAUCCUACCCUUAUUUUCUAUUUGCAUUACAUGAUGCAUUUGUGCAAAACGGAAUUUAUAUAUUUGAUAAGCCCUAAUGGCUUAUCUAAAGCUUUCCAAGCUGCCUCUGCGUGCACUAAUUCAGCUAUUAUCUCGAACUUGCAAAAGAGGCAGUUGGAGCAGAAGAUACCCCCUUGGGAGGUUGGUCUGUAAGGUUGCAUUCUGUUGCCCAGGGAACUCUGAAUGUUCCAGGAUUGAGCUUAGGAGUUGGUCCAAAAGGAGGACUUGGUGAACAUGGUGAUG